CCCCUGCUAACUAAAUUUAGAGACUACAUGCAGCAAAUCUGGCUGUAUACAUGCAGCAGUUAUUAAGGCUAUAAAAAUAUCUCGUGGUCUCGUGUGAAAGAAGAAAGUUGCACUCAGAAUCGUUUUUCAGAAAAACAUGGCUACUUAUAAACUUUUCUAUUUCCCAAUGAGAGGAGCAGUAGAGCCAGUGAGACUCUUAUUCGCACACAAAGAGAUCAAGUAUGAGGACAUUCGCCUAGCAGGAGAAGACUGGCAGAAGGAGAAGCCAAACACCCCAUUUGGAGUCAUGCCCGUCCUGGAAGAAGAUGGAAAGAAGCUUGGAGGCAGUACUGUCAUCCUCCGAUAUUUGGGAGAGAAGCAUGGCUUGGCUGGGUCUAAUGCAUGGGACAAUGCCCAUCUAGCUAACAUAUCUGACUUUAUGAUGGAUUUUGGUAACGAGCUGGUCAAAGUCCACUAUGAAAAAGACGAGACAAGAAAGCAAGAGCUCCAGAAACGUCUCGCUGAGGAAGUAAUUCCAAAAUAUUUUGGAAAGCUGAACGAAUUGACAGCCUCCACUGGGUAUCUUUGCUGUGGUCGUCUGACGUGGCCUGAUCUCCAGCUCUAUUGUGUUCUGGAUUAUGUCUUAAAGGGACAUCCAGAAGUGCUUUCAAAUUUCUCUGGACUCGCUAGUCUGAGGAAGAACAUUGAAGCUGAUGCCAACAUAAGCAAGUGGAUAAAGGAACGACCACAGACUGAGCAGUGAUUUUGCACAUUUGCUGCUAAAUGAACCAAGACUCUAUUGAAAUUUAUAAAUAUAAAUAGUAGUGAAAAAAUAUUAAAAAUUAAUUUCUAAGGUACUCUUUUAUCUUCAUUAA